GUAUUUAGCAUGUAAUAAUAAUGUGGCUGGUAUUUAAUAGCUAAUUUAUAAUUUAAAAGGAUUAUUAGAAAUUAUAAAUAUAAAACUUAUAUACGAAACUUUAAUAUUGGAGUUUUGCACAGCUUUAUUUUUAAUUAUUUCAUUAAAAUCAUUUAAAAAGAAAAAAUAAUGUUAGAACAAACAGUGCAAGCCUUGACAUCAAGUAGAGUUGUAUUAGCCAGUGGAUCUCCUAGACGAUAUGAAAUAAUGAAACAAUUGGGCAUAAAUGUGGAAGUAAUAUCAUCAAUGUACGAUGAAAAUUUAGAUAGAUCAACAUAUAAAAAUUCUGGAGAAUAUGUACAAGACUUAGCAAAAUAUAAAGUACAAGAAGUAUAUAAUAGAUUAAAGGAAGAUGCUGUAUCUCCUUCUUUAAUUAUUGGUGCAGACACUAUGGUUACAAUGGAUAAUAUCAUUUAUGGCAAACCAAAGAAUAAUUCACAUGCAUUUGAAAUGUUAUCAAGCUUAGCAAAUAAGGAACAUGUAGUUUAUACUGGAGUAUGUCUAAAAACACCAAAGAAAGAAGUAAACUUUUAUGAAUCUACAAAAGUAAAAUUUGGUGAUAUAUCAGAAGAACAAAUAUGGACAUAUAUAAAAUCAGGAGAACCUUUAGAUAAAGCUGGAGGAUAUGGUAUACAAGGUCUUGGUGCUUGCUUAAUUGAAAAAGUAGAUGGCGAUUUUUUUACAGUAAUGGGGUUGCCAUUGUAUUCAAUGACAAAACAACUAAAUGAAAUGUUUAAUAAUAACUAAUGUAAGAAAAUAUAGUUAAAAAAUUAAAACUAACUUAUUUUGUAAUAAAUGUUUAAAAAGAUAA